AUGAAUGGACAUAAUAUUUUUCAACAUUUUAUGAGAAAUAUAUUCUUUAAGCAUACAUUUAAAGUUGCAAGUAAGAAUGUUGUGGACAAGAGAAAAAAAGGUGUAGGAGGAAUAAUGUUAUUAAGUUCUCCCAUAUUAUUUGAAGUUAAUAAUAAAGAAGAAGAAAAUCCUCCUAAAAGUGAAUAUAUAUUUUUGGCUGGAAAAAGUAUUGAUUUUUUAACUCAGAAAAUAUUUGAAAAUGAAUUUGGUACUUCCAUAUUAUAUGUUGCAUUUUUUGUAGCAUAUUUAUCUUUAUUAGUUCAUGAUAAUAAAAUUAAUUUAAUGGUACAAAAAUUAAAAUAUAAAUAUGCAAAUAAUAUGUUUACAGUAGGACAUCCCAAUUAUAAAAAAUAUUUACCAAAAAAUCCUUUAAUAAAAAACAAACAAAUAAACAAAUAA